AUGGGCGGCACCGGCCAGGUCAACGAGGGCAAGCCUGCCAUGGAGAAAGAAAGCGCUUCAAGCAGCCAGGGGGGUUUCUCGGGUUUGAUGGACGACCUGAAAGAGAAACUGAGCGAGUCAAAGCUUCACGACGCAAAGGUCGCGUUGAUUCACAAAAAGCAGCAAAUUGGUAAAUUUGGAAAUCUGUUCAACAAGGACCACCGCCAUGAUGAAGAACAUGAACAGCGAUGCGACGCAAAACGCUCUGCUAUUUGCGAGCAACACAGAUUUGAAUCCUUCUUCCCUGAACGCGAUGGAAACCUAGUCAAAUGGUAUGUUGACGGCUGCGACUAUUUCUGGGCCGUCUCUGUCGCCCUGGAGCAAGCCCAAGAGUCCAUUUACAUUUGCGAUUGGUGGCUGUCACCAGAACUCUUCCUACGGCGGCCUCCUUACCACAAGCAGCAUUUCCGACUAGAUCAAAUUCUAAAAAGAAGAGCCGAAGCUGGAGUCAAAGUUUACGUGGCAGUCUACAAAGAAGUUGAGGCCGCGCUGACAUGCAACUCUCGCCAUACCAAACAGGCUCUGGAAGCGCUUUGCCCAGAGGGAACCCCUGGCUACGGUAAUAUUCGCGUCAUGAGGCAUCCAGACCACAACGUCUUUGAAAACGCGGCCGACAUGACCAUGUACUGGGCUCACCACGAAAAGUUCAUUGUUAUUGAUUAUGCCAUGGCCUUCAUUGGCGGCCUGGAUCUCUGCUUUGGCCGCUGGGACGCUCGUCAGCACCCACUGUCUGAUGUGCACCCAGAAGGGGUUUCUGAGGAAAUUUGGCCUGGACAGGACUUUAACAAUAAUCGCAUCAUGGACUUCAAAAAGGUCGCCGACUGGGGACAGAACGAGCUGAGCAAGGCCGAAUAUGGCCGCAUGCCAUGGCACGAUGUCUCCAUGGCUCUCAUUGGCCCUUGUGUGUACGAUAUUGCCGAACACUUUGUUCUCCGCUGGAACUUCAUCAAGAGAGACAAGUACAAGCGAGACGCGCGAUACGAUUGGAUUGUGCUGGAGGGCCGGGAAGGCGAGGAUGAGGACUUGGUGGGCGUCCAGCGGCCCAAGCAUCCAGUUGGCGACUACAUCAAGCACCCGAUUUCGCCCUUGAGCACCAAGAAUCUUGAUAAUAGAGGAACUGUUCGCGCACAGCUUGUGAGAUCUAGUGCCGACUGGUCCAGUGGAAUCUUGACGGAUCAUUCUAUCCAAAAUGCCUAUUGCGAAGUAAUUCGUAAAGCUGAACAUUUUGUGUAUAUCGAGAAUCAGUUUUUCAUCACCGCCACCGGUGACCAGCAGUCACCUAUUCACAAUACCAUUGGACGGGCCAUGGUGGACGCCGUCGUCCGUGCAGCCAAGGACGGCCGCAAAUUCCGCAUCAUCGUUAUUAUUCCUGCCAUCCCUGGUUUUGCUGGCGACCUCCGAGAAAACGCUGCGUCUGGAACACGGGCCAUCAUGGACUAUCAAUACAAGUCUAUUUGCCGCGGAGAGAAUUCCAUUUUUGGCCAGAUAAAGAAAGAAGGCGUUGAUCCCACGCAGUACAUUUUCUUCUUCAACCUGCGAUCCUAUGACCGUCUCAAUAAGACGCAUGCCAUCUUGGUGGCCGAGAAAACGACUGGUAUCAGCUACCAGCAAGUACAGCGUGCUGAAGCUGAGGAGAUUAUGGCUAGCGGUAUCCACGGCUACGAAGACAGCAGUUCAGACGAAGGUGAAGGCAGCCGCAGAUUCCGCGAUUUGAACCCGAAACACAAGCAUGACCGGGAGAAGCGCAAGGCCAACAUGACCAGCUCACAGCAAAAGGCAGCUGAGGAUGCCCAGCGAGCUCGAAAGAUUUUUGAACAAGAGAAGCCAGACGAGGAAGUAAUUUCUGCAGCAAGUGUGGCGCAUCAUGCCAUGAAGACUGAGACCUCGCUACAAGACGAGCCUUGGGAUAACCACGACGAUGAAGAGUCUGAGGUCAAGAACUGGAUCCAAGAAGAGCUUUACGUUCACUCAAAGCUCCUCAUUGCCGACGAUCGUGUCGUUAUUUGCGGAUCUAGCAACCUGAAUGACAGGAGCCAGCUCGGCGACCACGACAGUGAACUUAGCAUCGUCAUGGAAGAUACGCGCAAGAUACAAAGCACGAUGGAUGGCAAACCAUAUGAAGCCGGCUAUCACGCAGCCACCCUCCGACGAUAUCUCUGGAGAGAACAUCUCGGUUUGCUGCCACCACAAGAUAUGAACGCCCAGGAUGACAUCAAUGCCCAACCUCCUUCUGUGAAUCCCGAAAAUGACAUCUAUGACAAAGAUGAAUCGUGGAAUUUUGUGGCAGAUCCAAUGGCCGACCAGCUUUGGGAUACCUGGAUGGGACAGGCCGCGAAAAACACAAAGAUUUUCCGCAACGUAUUCCACGCAGACCCCGAUGACCACAUCAAAACAUUCGACGACUACGACCGCUAUCUUCCUCCGAAGGGUGUUAAACAGGGCCACAUCUACGACCAAUUCAUGCCCCCAGAGGAGGCCCGCCAAAAGUUGUCGCAGGUCAGGGGCCAUUUGGUGUCUAUGCAAAUGAUGUUUUUACAGGAAGCAGAGAUGGCAGAAAGGGGGCUGCAAGUGAACUCUUGGACGGAGAGCGUAUAUGCCUAG